AUGCAUCGCUCCAACGGAUAUUCAUACUCUACAAGCUCAAGAAACCACGGCACAAGUAGUGCAUUUAGUCCCAAUGCCAACCCGAACGAGGACUGGACCAAGAUCUCUGAUCUUGCUGAACGGCGCCGUAUCCAGAACCGUAUUGCCCAGCGCAAUUACCGCAAGAAGCUGAAGCGCCGUCUGGAGGACCUUGAGAAACGCGCCGCCUCAGCUUCAGAAUCUCCAGAGCGGACUCUGGAGAAGCCAGAACCGCCAGUUAGAAUGACGGCUAAGUCUCGCGCAAAGCAUGCCCGCGCAACCAAGUCUACCUCAGACGUGCACGCCCCUGCUUCAACAGACCGAGUCUCAUACGACAGCUACUCCGCGCAAGAAGAUCGGGGGUCGAUGUUCUCAUACCAGAGUACGCGCCAGCUUUCCACGUCGCCGCCGCCCAUCCUUUCGUAUCCCCCAUACUCCUCUCUAGACCAUUACUCCCACUCUUCAUACGGCAGCCACCUACCGUCAUACCACUCCUACAGCGACGUCGCCUACCAUAACGAUUACCCGCCUCCCGUGCCCUCUCUUUUCCCGCUCUCAAUGCACGGCGCUGGCUCCGCAGCAAAGAAGUACUCCUCCUACGGCGACGACGACAUCAUCAGCCCGUUCAACAUGAGCUACGCCUCGAUGGCGGGAAUCGACCUCUCUCCGCCGCAGCACCACCAUCACGCGGAGAAUAGUAACGUUCCUGUACAUACCCAUACCCUCCCUUCCAUCAGGGCGACGUACCCGCAGUUCCAAAGCAGAAGGAGCUAACGCAUUCUCUCUUUCUUCUCGCCAGAUGCCAGCCUUGUCGCAAGGAUACGGCGACGAUC